AUGGUUGGUGGGAUAGAGCACCUGUGGAGCGAAUGGGCAGUCCAGAUCCUGGUCUUGCUGAGCCUGUCAUUGCAAAUCUUCCUCUUCAUCUCCGCCGACUUCCGGAGGCGUAACGCCUCCACGGUGCUGAGAGCCCUCCUCUGGCUGGCGUACCUGGCCGCCGACUCCACCGGGACCUACACCAUCGGGCACCUAUCCAUCGGUGGCCUCGCGCGCGCGCACGGGCUCGUCCCGUUCUGGGCGCCUUUCCUCCUGCUGCACUUGGGCGGCCAGGACACCAUCACCGCGUACGCCUUGGAAGACAACCGGCUCUGGCUACGGCACCUGCAGACGCUCCUGGUGCAGGCCCUGGGAGUUUCUUAUGUCAUCUACAGGUACAUAUCUUGGCAGCCGCAGCCGCAAGCAACCCACCGUAACUUGGUUGCUGCCAGUAUACUGAUGCUGGUGGCUGGUGCUGCCAAGUACGUCGAGAGGAUAUGGGCGCUCAAGUGCACCGACAACGAGGGCAUGAACGACUUCCUUGACAAGCGAUGCGAGGAAAGCUACGGCGCCCCUUCGUACGAUGAUGCCAUUGGUGACCUGGAGAAGAUGGACGCAGAGGAGGGCAUCCUAUAUGGUGCUCGCACCCUGCUGGGCCUAUGCCUGCGCAUGUUCCUGGCCCAUAACCCAGGAACAUCGCACUACGAGAACGGAGUCACUGGCUAUUUUCUGGGUAGGAAGCAAAUCUACGAGGUGGUUCACAUGGAGCUCUCUCUCGUCUACGACAUCAUCUACACAAAGGCGAGGGUGGUUCACACCUGGUAUGGGUUCUGCACCCGCGUCUGCUCGCUGCUUGUUGUUGCCUCUGCGUUCCUGCUGUUUCAGGGCGUCAGCAAGGAUGGCUACGCUAGGGCCGAUGUGGCCAUCACCUACGUCCUGCUGGUUGGGGCCAUCCUCGUGGAGCUCACGUCAGGGGUCAGCGCCAUAUGCUCCACCUGGACAUGCCAUUACUUGUACUGGUGGAGAUGGCAUCGACUUCAUGGUGUAAUCAUCUCUCUCCGCCGGCUCGUGAAGGCACGGAGAAGAAGAGCCUGGCCCGCCACCAUUGGUCAAUUUAACAUGAUCGACUACUGCGCAGGGCCCAUUUCGGUCUCAGAAACGCUUUCCAGGGUAAAGAUUCACCAGCUGCCUUCUCCUAAGCAGGUCUCUGCACGCCUCAAGGAUUUGUUGCUUGACGAAAUACUGAGGAUUGCGGAGAGGCAUGUCGGCAUGGAGGAACCCAUGAAUGCCCUGGGCCAGAACCCGGAGCUACCCGCGCUCGACGCGGACUUUGAUGCCAGAAUCAUCAUCUGGCACACAGCUACCAGUGCAAUCCUGUUCGCGGUCCACGUUCGAGACAACGACAGCGACCACGCAGAGGCCGUCGAGGUGCUGUCAGAUUACAUGAUGUUCCUCCUUGCCAAGCACCCUGAGAUGUUGCCUGGCCCGAAUCGCCGCCCCGUUUACGCAGGGGCGCUGGUGUGGCUGAACAGUAUCUGCGACAACAACAUUGGACCUCCUCUGAACCGUACCAGAGCAGAACUUGCCCGGGACUUGCUUAAGGAAGGGCGUGAGCCUGAUAACCCAGUCCGGAGACACAAGAGCCCGUGCAAGAUUGGGGCUGAGCUUGCCAUCGACCUGCUUAACAAAGGAUGGGGAACGCAGCAUCUUUUGCAGGCGAUCUUUGGCUUGUGGGUGGAGAUGAUGUGCUUUGCAGGCAGCCACUGCAACAAGGACUCCCACAUCAGGAAUCUGACCCGUGGAGGCGAGUUCUUGACCAUUGUGUGGGUUCUCACGAGGCACCUCGGUGAGAUCACGCGCGAUAGACGUGGCCUGCGGUUGUGA